CACUGCACGAUUCUCAACUUGUUGCACCAGUGGAAGCAUCGGGCAUUCCUCGAGGACCUUAACUUCACGUGACUUGUGUUUUAUUGGAGCUCUGAAAGGGUUUUGACUUCUCCUGUUGGAAACACCAUCAACAAGCAACAAGGUGAGAUGAAAGGGUUUUGACUUGAACUAGCCUGGAGUCAGAGUAUGGUUCUGGGCCGAGCUGCCAACAUGAGUUUGAUGGACAUUUCUAAGAUCUUCUCCCUGCUCCAGCCGAAGGAGGAGGAUGAGGACGGCGAGCAGAGUCAGGCUCUGAACAACGCCGUGAGCGGCGACGAUGUAGCUCUGCUCUCAGAGCUUCUGUCUCAGGAGGAUUACAGAAAGUCUAUCAAUGCUCGAAGCGGGUGGGGGGUCCCCGUAACUCCCUUGCGCACUGCCGCGGCACUGGGACAUCUGAGGUGCCUGGAGCUACUACUGGAGCACGGUGCAGAGGUUGACAGCUUGGACGUGAAGGCCCAGACGCCUCUGUUCACAGCUGUCAGUGGGAAACAUCUGGACUGUGUAGUUGCACUGCUGAAUGCUGGAGCAGAUCCCAAUGGCAGCCAGUACAACAACUGCUCCCCGGUGCUGACCGCUGCCCGAGAGGGUGACGUCGACAUACUCAGAGAGCUGCUUCGGUUUGGAGCCGAGGUAGAUGUGAAGCCCAAAGUCCCCGAAUGGGCUUCCAACGCCACAGCGUGCAGAGGGCCCCUCUACAUCUCAGCUGUGUAUGGACACCUGGACUGCUUUAAACUGCUCCUUCUUCACGGUGCAAACCCCAACUACAACUGCACGGAUGAGAAAAUGUUGGCCAGGAUCAAACAGCCGAAGACAGUUUUGGAGGUGUGUCUCCGCUACGGCUGUGGGGUGGAGUACAUUCAGCUUCUUAUAGACUUUGGAGCAGACGUCUAUCUGCCCACACUCAUCAUUGACAAAACCACUAAGCAGAACGAAGCUCUGCUUCUGCUCCUCAAGGAGAGAGUUUGCCCCAAACCUCUGAUGUCACAGGCUCGACUGGCAAUCAGAGGAUACCUCGCUUUUGCUAACAAAGAGCCUGCAAUUGACAGCGUGGACAUUCCUCUGAUCCUGAGAAAUUACUUGAAACAUGAAACCUCAGACGUCAUGUGAUGCUUUUCUUCUUCUUCUUUUUAAAUUUUUUUUUCUUUUAUACAUUUUUUAAAUUUUUACCAGAACAAGCUAAAGGACUGUUUUACAUCCGAUUUGUUUAUAGCUGUGAAGUCAGAUGAUUUUCUUUCAUGUCUACGAAGCUUUUAGAAGCAAAAGGAGGGCUCCAUGUUGGAAAAUCCACUGUAUCUUUGGGAAGUGUAACAACAUCAGUGGCCACUAGAGACCACAGUAACACCAUGCAUUGUGGAUAUCCAAAGCGGAGGCUCCUCACAGGCACUAUUGUUAUUCUGAUAUUACCUCACUACAUCCACUUUGGCUCACUCCUUUACUCGGGUGACAUUACACAGACACAUGUAGUCACCUUACUUAUUUAGACAUCCAGCCACACACACACACACCCACACACACACUGUCUGCACCACAACAGGAUGUCUUAGAUCUUGCCUGAAAAACAUUCUUGCGUCUUUGGACUUCAAAACAUCAGGAAGCAGAAUGAAAAGCCUCCACUUCAGUGCCUCCAGCUGGGAGAAUAUAUUUGCAUAACGCUCAUUACUUAUUGAUUAGAGCAAUUAUUUUCAGGAUUCAAUUUUAGUGUUUAGAAGUUUGUUGAUUUUUUAAAAAAAUGUUUUCUUUUGUGUGUGUGUGAUUAGUGAUUACCACUGUGAUAUUAUUUAUCUUACAUAAUAUAUCCUGGAGUUAAUGUGUCAGCUGUUAGGAAUGAGCCCUACAAACAAACAGGAUAUGAUGUCACACGACAGGAAGGCCAGCACAAUGCUCUCACUCACAGACUGAUGCCUCGAACCCUCCCCCCCGCAGUUCUGUAGUUUUAUUUUCAACAAAAAGUACAGCUAUAUCAGAUAUGGAUUGAUUUUUUUUACAGCAAAGUACAACAUAUUCCCAGUGCUUCUGAUUACAUCAAAACAUAUAAUGUACAUACAGUUGACAUUUCCACUCUCCCAUUCACAGUUUCUGGAUUGAAUAGGCAUUAUUUUUCAGGUUUUUCAUCUCUACAACAAAUAAUCAAACUCAAAAGCCAGCAAGAAAGAAAAUGACAAAUGUUUGCAUAUGAUGACAAAGGAUUCUGUGAGUACAUUUUUCACUUGGAAAAAAAAUCCAGACACCCCCCCUCCCAAACCAAACCCUGAAACCAGAUGGUAAUAUACAAUGAAUAGUGUCCAAAUGUGGGAUGUCAGUCUUCUGUUUGUUGCCAUUGAACACCAACAUCGGCAUAUGGCUCAUUGAAGACUUUUACCCUGACUAUUCUGGAACAGCACGGGACUGCAUAACCGACUCCAAGGAGUUCCUACUGAAGAUGUUGCUAUGCUAACUGUGAGUGAACGCGCCUACUGGCUCACCCUGGACUAGAAGGAAUUACAUAAAUCUGUGCAACUUCUGAUGCAUUCAACUAACUUGGCUGCCUUGGUUAUAUGACUGGAAAGAGAAAGCGAGAAAACAGAAAAUAAUUUGCACAGAAGGCUAUCCUCUCAGCUCGGAGCGCAAGGUCAGAUUGAUAGUUCUAUAAGAAAACUCAAACCAGCGUAUAUACAUCAUCGAAACCGUGUGGCCAAAAUUGUAAUGUUUAAUACUGCUGUCAAUAAAUACAAGCGAGGAACUGCUUUGUAAUGUCAAGUCAUUGUACUUAAAAGGAACAAGAGUGUGAUAUGAACAGCUAUGAAAUACUGCGUGUCUUCAGGAUUAUGUUUAUUUUUAGCCCGUCCCAAGAGGUUUCGAAUUUAUUCAGCUCUAAAUCUAUACACAAACACCCAAGAUCAGUGCUAACUCAUAUUUGGUUCACUGUUGUCGUAGAAAAAUGAUUACCCGUUUUGCCUCUGCACAUAAUGGCAUUCCACAAAAAAAUAAAACAAACCAAAAAAAGUCAUAUAUUUAGGAAAAGAAUAUUAACCAGCAGUCUGUAGCAUAGCAGUGUGGGUUUAAAAUGAUGCUAGAGUUUAUAGUACCCAUCAUAUCUGGGCUAAGAGAACAUCAGUGCCUUUGAUUUUCCCUAUCAGCAGUUCAGUGUUUAAUUCAGGAAAAGAUGUUCCCCUCUUAUGUGUCAAUAAAUAAUAAUAAUAUUAAUAAUAGUAAUACAAAAAACAGAAGCUACAACCUGUAAUGCCAAGUGAGCAGGAGACAGGUGGACAGAGAAAAGAACUCCCUUUAGUGAGAUGGUAUGGGUACACACAAAUGAAUGGUUCCGUGUUGCCGGGGAAAAAAGAAAAAAAAAAGAAGAAGAAAAUUCAAUUGGAAGUUAAACAAAACUAAAUGAUCUCGUUAAGUGUUGCCUUAAGUCUCAUGCAAAAUAUUGGAUGCCACAAGCAUGCAAUUACCUGGUACUGAGAUCUACCGCACGCUAGAACUGGAACAACAUUCGUCUCCAACGCAAAAUACCGAUAUCCAAAUAUAUGAUCUGUUCUUUUUACAGUAUUUACAGUGUGUAGCUGAUAAAGGUAAAAUAGAUGACUCUUGAUUCAUAACUCACUUUUAAUAAUAUAGAUCGACACGCGAACCUAAGUCAACUAAUGGAAAUCUGCUUCCUACUAUAUAUUCAAAUUAAACUGUCUUUCAGCGUGUUAAACACACAAUAAAAGAAGUCGAUGCUUCUAAACAUCUGAAAUUAGAAUUAAUUUCUAAUGUGCAAUAAAACUGCUCCUAUGUAAAUGUGCGAUAAUAUAUGAAAAUGAGUUGUUUUUCAAUUUUUAAAUGGAUCUCAAUCAAACAGCACAGUAUCUACUCAUAUGGAAAAAGUGGCCUGACCUCUAAGUUUCUGUCCGAGCGGCUCUCGUGCACUGGGGAACGAGGAAUUCCCAGUGUGCAUGAGGGAAGGGGCGGGGGUUGUGGGAACAGAACGGAAGAGAGAGUGAGAGAUGCACUGAAGGGAAAAUACAUGACUAAUUCAAAUCUGCCUGUGAAACUGAAUAGAUAAUCACUAGUGGAAUGCUGGAAGGCACUGUUAGAUAGCAUCUCUCCUCUCCGCAGCAGAACGGGCCAGCAAGUAAGCAUGAUUAUUAGUGUGUGUGUGUUUGAGUGUGUGUGUGUGUUUGCCUGCAUGCUUGUAUUUGUAUGUUGGUACUGGUGGUAGUGUUAAGCAGGGAGUUGGAGGGAGCAAGGGGGGUGGGGCAGGGCGGGCCAUAGCAAGGGACCUGAGGUUACGAUAGCCUAGGAACCAUAUCUUCUUUUGCCGUACCAGCCAAGAGAACUAUCUUCCAAAACAAUCUCACUGGGAGCCAUCUCUACAGACACCAGCAGCCAACUCACCCAUUUCUCAUCUUCCUUUACUGAAACAAAACAUAAAUUACAACAUACAAAGCAAUUGUAAGGUCUGUUUUUUUCUCCAACAGGUUAUAAGGCCUAUAAGAAGGCAAACAAAUGACAUAGAACAAUAUAUAACUCUUUCAUAUCACGCUGUAGUGAAUAGUGAUAGAUAUAGAAUGAUAUAUCACAUUGCACAAGUUGUCAAACUGUAUAUGUACUGUCCAUCUGGUGAUAUAAUUCAACACAAAAUGUACUCCUGUGUCUGAGGUCAAAACGUGGUCACAAACCGUGGACAGAUGUUUCACUUACAUUCCAAGUGUGGGAAAAAAAGAAUACGUCUUCAUGAUGCAUGUAAAAUUUUCCUCUUCACUUCCUCAGAUCUUCUCUUUUACUGCUGAAGGACUCUAUGAUGCUAGGAUCUCUCGCAGACCACGGCUUCACGCACUUUUUUGUUGAUUAAACAAAACCAAUCUGAUCACGCCACAGUCCUUUGGAAAUCACUUAAGCAGAGCUGGAGCUAACUGCCAGAUCUGGGGGGAGGGGGGCAACGUGAGGAGGGGUGAGGCAGAAAGCAGAGGUUUGGAGCUGGAGUCUAUAGAGAUGUAUGAAUGUGUCAGAGGAAACCUGCAUGCUACAGAUUAAAUCCGCCUUUCUAUCUCCGUAUACGGCAUCGGCUUGCACUGCUGCAGUCGACUUUUUUGUUUCCCCAGUUAGUUUUGGUCCACUUCACAAAUCAUUAUCACUUUUUUAGACACCCCCCGCCCCCUUGAAUACUGGAUGGGCUUCUUAUUUAUUGGUCACACUGACAUGUUGAUAUUUGUAUCACUCAUACUCAAAACGGGAGUACGUGCUGUGCUUUUUUACAGUGGGAGUGACACAAAAUAAUUAACCGAAGUCUUUUCUUUGACAGCUGACAUGUUAUUCUUUUGGCCAAUGCAUCACAACUUCACUUUCACCGCUCGUUUUCUGGAGGUAGGCUGUGCUUUUUUUUCUCUUUUCCACCCAGUGAGGUGCCAGCACAGUGCUACAGGGGUGGUCUCUAGGGAGGGCGGGGUGGGAGAGGGGCUGUGGCACAAGGCAGGCGGACCGUAGCCAGCCUAUCUCCUGCUCCCAGCUGCUUCAUCUAAGCUCACCGCCAAAUCCAGUGCGUGCACACACCCCCUCAGCGCGAUCGGACAUGAAUACCCUGUCACGAGUGGUUGGUGAACGGAUGUAAAUAUACUAUUGAUGUUCCGCCUAUUGAUUUGUUCCCUGACCCAUCAUCACAUCACGGCCAAUGGCAGGUUUCCAAAAGAGUGAAACUCUUCCUCUGAGAGCCACUGACUCACAGAGGCAGAGCAGGUGGAUAGAGAGAUAGAGAGGACGAGUGGGAUGCGGAGAAGGAAGGGAACACCUAAUGUCAGACUGUGAACAGAGAGAGAGGGGGGGGGCUAUUAUAUGCAAGCAGCUACAGAGAAGAGAAUGAAGCUCUGAGCACGAGGAGGAGGUCCAGACGCAGACAUCAGCACCGCAGAGAUGACUCGAUGGGUGCGUGAUCGGUGGCAGGAUGGAGCUAACUCAGAGGUGAGGUUGACAGCCGAGCUUGGCAGGUCCUUCACACGCCGCAGCGAUCGGCUGACGUCGUCAUCUCACAUUCAGAAGAAUGCAUCAAACAAUCUCACAUAGCAGCACAGCAAGAUCUCAGCUUUUUUUUUGUUGUUUUUUGUUUUGGUCACAAUCAUACUACUGGGAAUGACUUGGCUUGGCCUCGUGUUUCUUUCCAGAAGAUGGAUUGAAAAUGAACUCAUGUAACAAUCUCGAUGACUUCAGGACAUUCAGAUGGCGUGAUUAUCCAGAAAGGGGGGAAGAGUUCGUGACAGUUGACUCAGCCGGAGAAGCAUGAUAACUAAGAAUGUUACUAACAUAUAUGAACUGUAAAGUUGUGUUUAUUUUUUUAUACGUUUUUUCUUUGUUUUAAAUCCAAGUCUUCAGUCCUCUCGCAGCUUCCAAUCUCACUCUAUAUUAACAUUGGUCCUUAACUUCAAAGUCUCGUGUUUGUGUGUUUUUUUUGUAUUUUUCUUCAUCAUGGGGGGGAGGGGGGACAUGAUCAUCCAGUGUUUAGUGCUUCUAAGAAAAAUA